CUUGAAACCUGUAUUUCUUUCUUCUGCAGGUGUGUGGCAUGUGUGGAAAUUACAACGGUCUGCAGAAUGAUGAAUUGCUCUUGCCCUGCUUGGAGAUGGCACACAAUGUCUCCCAGUUUGGAAACAGCUGGAAGUCAGCUGCAGACAGUCCCUCAGGGUGCCUGCCUGAUGAAAGAGAUCACCUGGGCCCAUCCUGCACUGCGUUGGAGAGGCCUGAGGUUGAAACGCAGUGCAAGGUGCUGCUGUCCGACACGUUUAAACCCUGUCAUCAUUUGAUCAGACCAGACCUUUUCAUUGAUAACUGUGUCUACGACAUGUGCAAAUAUCACGGCAUGGUGUCGGCCCUUUGUGACAUGAUCCAAGCGUAUGUAGAUGGCUGUGCGAGUGAGGGGAUCCACAUAAAAUGGAGGAACAGCACCUUCUGUCCUUUGUCAUGCCCACAGAACAGCCACUACUCACACUGUGUACCUGCCUGCCAGCUCACCUGCAAUGACAUCCAUGAGUCGACUCCCUGUGAUGAGCCAGCAGUGUGCCGGGAAGGCUGCACAUGCAGCCAGGGCUAUGUCCUGAGCGAUAGCCAAUGCGUUCCUGUGAGGGAAUGUGGCUGCAGGGACGAGGCCGGUAAUUACUACAAUGUAGGUGACUCUUGAAGAGUGUCCCAUUGAACUGUAUGGCAUAAGAAUUAC